GUGGGUCUGCUGCGCCGUCGGCCUCAGAGGCGGAGCCGGAAGUGCUUCGGUUUGACCCCCGAACCGCUCUGUUUUCGAAGGAGCGGCCGUGGUCCUCUCGACCUGCUCCGCCUCCCUUUCUUCGCUCUCACCGGGAGGUCGAAGCUCCCUGCAGGGCGGGGCGGCGCAGCCCAAGCUCCCGGACCCGGAAGAAGUGCCAUCUCCCGCCUCCGCCAUGGAGCCCACCGCGCUGUCCCUCACAGAAGAGGACCUAACUGAAGUGAAGAAGGACGCUUUAGAAAAUUUACGUGUAUACCUAUGUGAGAAAAUCAUAGCUGAGAGACAUUUUGAUCAUCUACGUGCAAAAAAAAUACUCAGUAGAGAAGACACUGAAGAAAUUUCUUGCCGAACAUCAAGUAGAAAAAGGGCUGGAAAAUUGUUAGACUACUUACAAGAAAACCCAAAAGGACUAGACACCCUUGUUGAAUCUAUUCGGCGAGAAAAAACACAGAACUUCUUGAUACAGAAGAUUACAGAUGAAGUGCUGAAACUUAGAAAUAUAAAACUAGAACAUCUGAAAGGACUGAAAUGUAGCGGUUGUGAGCCUUUUCCAGAUGGAGCCUCAAACAACCUUUCUAGAUCAAAUUCAGAUGAGAGUAAUUUCUCUGAAAAACUGAGAGCAUCCACUGUCAUAUACCAUCCAGAAGGAGAAUCCAGCACGGCCCCCUUUUUUUCUACUGAUUCUUCUCUGAAUUUGCCUGUUCUAGAAGUAGGCAGAACUGAAAAUACCAUCUUCUCUUCAACUACGCUUCCUAGACCUGGAGACCCUGGGGCUCCUCCUUUGCCACCAGAGCUGCAGUUAGAAGAAGGAACUUGUGGAAACUCUAGUGAGAUGUUUCUUCCCUUAAGAUCACGUGCUCUUUCACGGCAAUGACUAUUUUACUGCCUUUGAAUUUUUUUAAUCAUGACAAAUAUUUUAAAGGAUAUUAGUCUUUGUAUAAAACUCCUAUAAUGAUUUAUUUACAUUUGAUAACAUGUUUUAAAAUGCAAUGUAAGCAUACUUUG